AUGGGUUCAGGAAACAGUAAAUGUACCCCUUUGGAAUGCUUCCUGAACAACUGGAAAUUGGCCACGAAAAAUGACGACUGGGGGUUCAAAUUGAAGAAGGAGAGGCUUAGGACCCUUUGUGAAGUGGACUGGCCGACGCAGGGCACUGCCUGGCCGUCCCAAGGCAGUUUUGAGGGGCGGUUGAUCAAUCCCUUGCUGCAGAGAAUAAUUGAAGACCAUCCAGAUCAAAUUCCCUAUAUCUCCACGUGGAAAACCAAUGUGGAUAAAAACCCCCCUUGGCUGCAGGCUUGCCGAACUGCUCCAGCAAAGGCAAGGAUCUGUGCUGUCCGGCAGCAGAAAUUACCUCUUGUGGUUCAGGACACAGAAGAGGAAUUAGCUGUGAGACCACCUCCUUAUAGACCCCCAAUACCGGCAGUACCACAGAAUGGCCCACCCCUGCAGAAUAACCUCCAGAAUAAUCCCCCCAACCCAGUUGGUGGCAGCCCUAUCAACCCAAGCCCUGAGGAUAAAGACCCCACCAAAUCAGAGACAGCUAAGGAGGAUGAAAGUGAUGAUGAUGAGGGGGAUGAGGAGACACUGUUAAAGAUGUUGGAAAAGAAGGUACAGAAGGGGGAGAAGUGGAGUAAGAAGCAAGACAAAUGGAUAAAGGACUAUGUAGACCCCUAUAAAGACCAAGUGGAUGUUAGUCCCCACCUCUUAGAAGUGGCACGUUGUGAGGAUGGGCACUGGAAAAAGAAACAAAAGAGGUGGCUGGAGGCAGCACGUAGAGCCGCCACCCACCAUGAGAGAGAGAGAGAGAAGAAAGAUCAGGCUACAGCCUUGAUGCCCCUCCGGGUAGUUUAUGACCCCCCAGGACCGCCAGGGGAGAAUGGGGCAGCAGCACCGCGCACCUACACAAUCCAACAUGUGCCUUUUUCAACUGCUGAUAUUUGCAAUUGGCGCAAUCAGAACCCUUCCUUUGAGGAGAACCCAGCCAAAAUCAUCAAACUUUUUGAAGGGAUCUUUAAGACUUAG